AUGGAUGGUCUUCACAAUGAGCAUGAAGCGAAAGUUGAGCAAGACCAAGGUAGAGGAAGUGUCCCGCCAGGUUACAUUAAUAAGCUCCCAGAAUUUCCAGCGAUACAGGAUCUAGGUCAGCAGCCGCUCCCACAGUUACAGCUGCCCCCGAACGAGGCACACACCUUAGCCGCUAAACCAUUCCAACCGCUCGUUAAAGAAUUAAAGCGGCUGAAUCAAGAUAACCCACAGCUCGCGCACCAGGCUGCACAAAUAGUGAGGCUUUACCGACGGCUGUAUAAGUCUUAUGUUGCAAGAAAGUCUGAGAGCCAACGUCUUAAGAAGGCGAAUAGGGAACUCCGCACGGCAAACCUCCAGUUAUGCCAAGAGAGUGAAUUCUUGAAAGGUCGAUACGCCGAACAGGAAGAGGAACUGGCCUACUUUGGACAAGCCUUUGACAAACUCAGCACUGGCAUCGGUAGCCUCUUAGUGGACUCAGAGGGCUGCAGUUCAGAACCGAUGUAUGAGGCAGCUAGCAGAGUGAAUGAGGGGGGCCAUUAA